AUUGAUUUUUGACAGCUGUCACACUGUCAUCACGGUGUUAAUUUGGAAACCACCUAAGCAACGUAGGUUAUUCAACCAAAUAAUACCGAGAAAACAAAAAAUUAAGGACAUGGCUGAUCCAAAAUAUGCCGAUUUGCCCGGAAUAGCCCACGAUGAACCUGACGUAUACGAAACCACCGACCUCCCAGAGUCUGAUCAAACCACUGAUUUCUUCGAGGAAGAAAACGACUCGGUUGAGAAAAUCCACAUUUCGGCGAGCGAAGCCUUCAACAAAUUUAAGGGUAAAUUUUUGAAAGCCAACAAUGUUGAUUUUUCGGAGCGCAUCAGCAAACGCAUUAGAACCGGCUACGACGCUCGAUCGGGCGACUGGGAGCUAGUUGGUGAAGGAGUAAAAGAAACUCCUCUGCAAAAAUAUCAGCGGCUUCAAUGCGAAAUGAAAGAAUUGCUUGAAGAAAUCACAAAACUUAAAAAUGAAAAGACAGAUGAAGAACCCAACUGUCAAGUUUCAAGCAACCAAAUUGAGCAAGCUCUCAAGAAAUUAACUGAUUUAAAAUUGGAAGAAGCGUUAGGAAGUGAAGUCGUUUCGAGCAUAUCUGACCCACAAGGCACCCAAAUAAAGAAAUUGCUGACGCAAUUAGAACAGUUUAAGGCAAGUGCUCGGGAUAAAACAGAAUCUCAAGCAGAAGGUGAUGGUGCGAAUAUUGUUUAUCAACUGAGCUAUAGGCCAGAGCAGGCGCGGUUGUCGCAAACUUCUAGAGUUGCUGAAUUGGAAAGCAGAUUGCAUCGAUUAGAGUCUAUCUUGGGUAGCACUAAUGACAAACUCACGCGAUUAACCUCUGUCACAAAUAAAGGCACAUUAUUAGAAACAGCCCAAUAUUUAAGUGCAACUGCAAGCUUAUUGGAUUCGGCACAGUUGGAUCACAUUGAAGGGCGCUUAGCUUGUUUACAACAAAAACUAGAUGCUAUCACUGAAAAGAAGAAGCAGAUUGCGCAGGAUGAAGAAAAGGAUAAAAUGAUUUUAGAAUUGUAUGAACUGGUGAAAAACAGCGAAAAAAUGAAUAAACUAUUGCCCCAAACAAUUGAGCGUCUAAAAGCUCUAGAAGGCUUACACAAUAAGGCUACAGAUUUUGUAAAAACUCUAACUCAAGUAGAAACAAUGCAAGCCGACAUAACGGCCAACGUGCAAAACAACAAGACGUUGUUACAGGGGGUUCAAGAAAGUUUCGCCACCAAUCUCAACGAAAUCAACGCAACUGUCGUGAACCUCGACGCCAGGAUUAAAGCUUUAAAGAAAAAAUAGAUAGCUAAAAUAACUUGAAUGGCUUAUUUAUUUAAUCAUUUUUUUAUUGUUCUCAUUUAUAAAUUAUAUUAAUAUGUAACAAUAAUGUAACUAUUUUCUAUUUCUUUAUUAAACUGAACGUGUUACUGA